GAAAAGAGAAAUACAAGUACUGUACAUUUACCAUUUCCCGCUAGAGGGUCGGAGGUCCACCCCCCAUACUCUUUAAUGAGGGAAAACUGGUAUAAAGAAGGACCGGGCAACCUGGAACCAAGAAACAUGCAGUACACAUGCUCCCAUUUUUAAAAAGUGCCUGCAGUACAGUUUAGACUCUGAACCACUAUAACAUGCUCACUGGGGGUCACAUCAUUAAAUACCCAUUAUGUCAUUCAUCUUGUGUUUCAUAACUGUCAUGGAUGUUCUUUGUAGUUUUUAUGAUGUUCUUAAAUAUCUCCCUUGAAUUUGUGUAUUGAAGGGACAAACGUGACAACAACAACAAGGAGACAAAAUGUUGUUAUUUAAUGAAUAAUAAUUUGUCAUUGUGAUGGACAGAUUACCAAAAGGAGCAACUCGGAGAAACCUUUGGAUCACUAACUCACACCGUGCAGACUCCUGGGAUCCUCAGACAGAUUUCGUCUACUUCUGCUCCAAACACUUCACCCCAGACAGCUUUGAACUGACUGGAUGCAGUGGGAUCAGAAGACUAAAGGAAGAUGCAUUUCCUACAGUAUUUGAUUCCUCUUCAACAACCAAAUGCAAAAGACCAGGAAGACUGCAGACACAAGAAGACAUUCCUGUCAGGAAGAAUCCCCGCUCAGGCGACCAGGAUAACGCUCAGCAGGGGACAGACAGGUAUCGAACUUCAGAAGAACCCACAAUUCAGAAAUCAGUUGCAGCAGUUGAGGAGAGUAAUUUAAACAUACCUGCAUCUUCUCAAAAGCCGUCAGGUAUGGAGCACUUCUCACAGCAAGACUGUAGUCCAACCCCAGCACCAGGGUCUUGUCCCCUCUCCCCAUCACGUUACAUGAGGCGUUUGCCCCCUCCUCCUGCCUUUUACCUGCCGAAGGAGCACAGCUAUGCUCAGCUCUGCCCCUUGCUGUGGAGGAGACGUUACGACCAAGCUAUUGACUGCUUGGAGAAGGCUUUACGGCAAUUGCAUGCCACUAGGCGGAGGGAGAACCGCCUGCGCAGCACUGUGCUGAGGCUCCAUGAUAAACGGCUGAAGCACACAUUACUUGUGUCACAAGAUGGUUGUGAAAACAGAGGGAGCUGGACACAAUUGGGGGAGAGGAGACGAGGCAAAGGUGGCUCUAACCAGGAGGAGAGUGAGAUUGAUGCUAAAUCUGAAGACAUAGGGUUGUGUGAGGACAGAUAUGUGGAUCAGACAGAAUUGGGGAAUCAUUUUCUUCGAGCAACUAACAGCUGGUCUGAGGAGGAGAAGGGUUACUGCUUUUCCUGUGGAAGAGGCCAGGCGCAGGUUGGUGAUCAGGUAGCAGGCAGAGUUUCAAAGACUGGGAAAGAUGUCCAGCCCACAGUGCACAAGGACUUUCUGCAGAUUCAGAGAUGUAUUGAAACCAGUACUUGUGGCACAGUUGAAAAUGCCAAGGACAUACAAAUAGUCAGGCUGGAAAGGCCUCCUGGGAAAAGUGUAGAAACCAGUGACCCAAAUUCCCAAAUCCUGCUCCAAACUCAAGGUCAUUCACAUGUGAUCCCUGUGCCUGAUGCUCAUGAGCAAAGUUUGCAGUGUUUAGACUCUCAGCAGCUGCUCUCUGAUAGGUGUGAGGGGCAACAUGAAGCUUUGGUUCAGGAUCAUCACCUGGAUCUGCAGCAGCUGUUGUGGAUACAGGACAGUUUGGAGGGACAGGUCAUUCUGGUGCCUGUCCCUGCUGAAGAUGGACUACAAAGGCUUUUGAAGAUGGAGGGAGUUGCUGAUGAAGCACAAACCAUACUUGUGUCAGAACUGGAUCUUAAAGGAGACUUGGGACACAUGACGGAGAACAGCGGAGAUCUGUCCAGAGUUCAAACAGCCUGUGAUGAUGAACACAGUGACCAGCAUUCCAUUAUCAACACUACACUGGUGGAAAUGGGAGAAGAUGUGAGGGAGAAACUUAAAGAACACCUGGAGGGAUUUCACCUUCAGCUGAGCACCGAGUUUAUAAACUAAGAUGUGAUUUUGUUACCUCAAUGAUUCUUGGAUGAAUAUGCUUUGUAUUGUGCUGUAUAGUAUGGUGCUUGGCCUCUGGAAUAUAUGACACCAGACAUGGUGUUGUUGUAGAGCAACAAACAUUGAAGUUAGGCAGUUAAGUUACAAUCUUGAAGAUCUCUGUUUCAAUCUCUUUGGCAAUUGCAGGUGUGUUUUGAGAUCUCACUUCCCAGAGUGCACCGCUUGUGAUUUUGUCCAAAGUUGCCACCGACACCCAGUUCAUCUUACUGCAAAUGCAAGGGCUUUUAUCAGUAGGCCACAGGGACUUAAGACACAAUUAUGAAAUGAAAAUCUUUGAGAUUAUUACUUUCAGACAUAUUCAGUGCUUAGUCACUUCAGAGAAGUGCUUUUAUGUGCUGUGCCAAACCAGCAGUGAACAUAUCUAUUAACAAGUGUGUAUAUCAAUGCCUGAUUCAUCUAUGUACCAUGGAGCUCCAUUGUUGUGCAAAAACUAUUAAAAACACAUCAAUGAGCCUCACUGUUGCAUUGGGUGACAAAAUGAAACUAUGUAUUUGUAAAUUGUAAAUAUGUAUUUAUUCAGUAGGAGCCAAUGGGGUAGGAGUUGAAACAGACCAGGUGGAGAAGUUAGAAAGUAAACUUUCAAACACAUUCAAUUAAAUUAAUUUGUAUAACCCAAUAUCACAAUUCUUCCUCAGAGGGCUUUACAGUAUGUACAACAUGCGGAGGAUCCUCUAUCAGGAUGGACAGAAGUG